GUUCGUGGCUAAAGCGCGCAUGCGCAGUGCGCUCGCUGAAGUUUGGAGUGAUUCGUGGAAGUUUUAGAUUUGGAGGAGAAAAAAAAGCACAGCUGAAAAUAGCGAACUUGUAAAAUGGCUUUUCGCAGGAGAAGCAAGAGUUAUCCUUUCUUCAGCCAAGAGUUUCUCAUUCAAAAUCACGCGGACAUUGUGUUUAGUUGGGUGAUUCUCAUUUUGAUUGGACUGAUGUUUGAGACAACAGCGAAAACAGCCAUUUUAUUCAUCCAGCCUCAGUAUAACAUCAGCACCAUGAGCGCAGAUGGAGAGGUGACUCUGUAUCAUUACGGAUGGAAAGACUGUGCCACUGUCCUCUUCUACCUUUGUAUCACCAUCAUUCUUCACGCUGUGGUGCAGGAGUAUGUGCUAGAUAAAGUAAACCGGCGUCUGCACCUAUCAAAGAGUAAAAACACAAAGUUUAAUGAAUCCGGGCAGCUGUGUGUGUUUUACCUGGUGUCCAGUUUAUGGAGUCUCUACGUCAUCACCACAGAGGGAUACAUUCUGCAUCCCAGCAGCCUUUGGGAGAAUUAUCCUCAUGUUCACCUGAGGUUUCAUGUGAAGUUCUUCUACCUCACACAGCUGGCGUACUGGUUUCACACACUACCUGAGCUUUACUUCCAGAAAGUAAGAAAGGAGGAAAUCCCUCGUCAGCUGCAGUAUGUCAGUCUUUAUCUGUUACACAUUCUGGCUGCAUAUCUGUUAAAUUUGACGCGGGUCGGGCUGGUUUUGUUGUUUCUGCAGUAUCUUUCUGAGAUGGGUUUCCAUCUGUCUCGACUGUUUUACUUCAUUGAUGAAAACCACCACAAAAUGUUUGAGAUGUGGUCCAUUGGGUUCGUCCUGACCCGGAUGAUCACUCUGACUCUGAUGUUCCUGGCUGUGGGCUUCGGUUUGGCUCGUUCUGAAAACCAGAUGCUUGAUUUGGAGACGGGAAACUUCAACACUCUUUCUAUCAGGCUGCUGGUGUUGUUCAUGGUGUGUUUCACUCAAUCGUGGCUGCUCUGGAAGUUCUUCCGUUUCCAGCUGAGCCGAACGCGCGAGAUGAGACUAGAGCAGGUGGCCCGGAAGAGAGCAGCCGCUAAACACCAGAUGCAGCGCACGCUCAAACGCGAUUCAGUUGGUCACCAUGAGAAUGGACUGAUUAAAGCAGAGAAUGGCACAUCUCCUCGUCUCAAGAAGAUCAAAGCGCCGUAAACUUCAGCUCCAUUCCAGCGCAUGGCCUCCACACAUCGAGGGCACAGGAACAGGAAACAGUUCAUCUGCCUGCUGCUUCCUGUUUCCACAUCAAGAGAAGUGCAUGUGGCGUUUCUCCGAGGAAGUGACGACGGCACCCUCAUCGGGCUCUGGUCAACGUACUAAACUUCUCUUUCCAGUUUCAGUAUUCAUGUUAUUUCUUCUGCAUAUGUUUGUAAACUUCACUCAGUCUUUCUUUAUUAAAGCGCUGUUUUGAGGUUG